GCUGCAUGUGCUGUUCGGUUGGAGUAAACAUAACAAUAUGACAAGGUUUGCUAGAGCGAAGGGCUCGAAGUCCUCGAAUUCCAGAUCAGCAGAAGAUGCCACUGAUUGGAAAGAGUUCAAACGCCAGCCUGAGAAACCAACGAAUGAAUAUAGUGCUGUAGUGAAGAAGACCAUCAAACAGAUCAAGGAAGGUGGUCCCCCAAAGGCAUCAGCUUGGGCAGAUUUCGGUGUUACUGCGCCUCAAGCAACGUCGAAAAGCAAAGAGAAGUCUUCAAAGGGUGAAGAGUCAAAUGAAAAGCCGAAGAGAAAACGAACACGAAAACAGAAAAAGCCUGUAGGAGGUGAUGGAGAUGAAGGAGCGAACAAGAAGGUAAAGCCGGAAGAUCCUGAGAAAUCAAGUCAAUCUCGAGAGAAUUCCAUAUCAAAUGAAUCCAAUCCAAACGUAAAUGGAAAGUUUCCAAAGGACAACGAGUCCAUUACAAAGCCGAAGAGAAAGCGAAAGCACAAAAAGUCUGUUGGAGAUGAAGGGGACGAAGGAGCCCAAAAGAAGCCUAAGGCGAAUGAGCCUGAGAAAGCAAGUCAAUCUCAUGAGAAUUCCACAUCUAAUGAAACCAGUCCACACAAAAAUGGAAAUUUUCAAAAGGGUAAUAAGUCCCAUAAGAAGCCAAAAGGUGAAUCCAAUGCAAACCAAAAUGGGAAGUUUCAAAAAGGCAACCAGUCUAUUAAGAAACCAAAAUCUGGUAUUCAGCUACCAGAUGGUACAUUCAAGAAAAGGAAACCAGUGGAGUCUCGCACUCUUCAGAUCAAUGGCACAUCAGUGCAAGUUAUAAAGUUUGAUGGGUACGAUAUCAAACAGGAAGAUGCUGUGCGGCUUAAGGAAAUUCGACAGAAAAUGCAUGAAGCGGGCAUCCCCAAAGCUGAGAUUGAUAUGGCAAUGAAAAGGGAACGAAGAAAUGCUGAGAGAGCAUUGCAUCGCGAGCUAAAGAAAGUAUGCUUCAACUGCCGCAAAGCUGGACAUCCAUUAUCCGAAUGCCCCGAAUUGGUCUCAAGCGAAUUCAAGAAUGUAGAGAAAACUGGCACUAGCAAUAUUUGUUACAAAUGUGGUUCUACAGAACACACGCACUUUCAGUGCCAAGUCAAGAAGAACAAGGAAUACAGCUUUGCCACUUGCUUUAUUUGUAAAGAGCAGGGCCACAUAUCAAGCCAGUGCCCUGAUAAUCCUAGAGGACUGUAUCCAAAGGGAGGUUCCUGUAAAGUCUGUGGUGAAGUCACUCAUUUGAAAAAAGAUUGUCCCCAGCUUGCCAAGGACAGGACUGAGAAUGUUGUUACUCUUGACACAUUUUCAUCGACCAGCAAUGUGGAGAGCCUGGAAGACAAAGUGAAUAAUACCAAGCCCUUCAACAAGACUCCUAGACAAAAUAAAAUAAUAAAGUUUUAAGUGGAGGCAUUGUAUCUUUAUUAUAUUCUUAAAUAAUUGGACAAUAAAAUAAAGCAGGCAAAUCUGUAA